GUCUGCCAGAGAGCCGGAGAGCAAACCUGAGGUUUCUCCCUGACAGCCGGGCGGGCGUGGAGUUUCCCGACCUUGUGAUGGUCUCCUUUUGCUUAAGUUUGCCUGUUUCUUGCCUGCCUGUUUUUCUGGAAGAGGCACAUCAGAGUCUCCGGAUUUGGGGACAGCAAUGAAACAGACAUCACCCACCCCUAAAAAUAGUCUUAGAACGGUCCUGUUAAAAAAAAGAAAGGAAAAAGCUAAACUAGAGCUCUUGUGCAUACAUAUCACGAAGUGACUUGAGAGACUAACUUCGAAAUCUUUUCCUCGCUCUUCGCGGUGGUGAGAGUACCUCUGUGAGUGGUUUUAUUAAACAUCAUGUGCGAUCCAGACUUGACUUAAUACCUGAUGGCUCGUGUAAAGUGGGUACCGAAAAACUGAGUGUGCGUAAGUUACCAGCAUUUUUGAAAGCUUAUGAACUUAAAAGCAGUUUUGGUUUUCUUGAGAAGAAAGCUGUUUCCUUCUAAAAUGGAGACAAAUUUGUUAUAUUUAGCAUUGAUUGCUGAUAAAUAUGAGAAAUUAAAAAUCACUAGCACUUUCUUUUGGGGCCUGGAAUUGUUUCUUGGUCCCUUAUUUAGUUAGAUUUUGCAGAAAGAGAACUUUUAGUGAAAGAACUUUUCACAGUAUCAGAAAUGUACAAGUCUACCAUAUGAUACCUCUUGAACAUUUUGUGCCUUGACAGUUUCAAGCAAUUACAGUGAGACUGAGGCUCCAUCCACACCCGUUUGUAGUCUAAACAACCCCUAAUGUGUUACCUUUAGUUAAACCGGAACAUGAUAAACUUGGGAUGACUGACUUUUCGUUUUUCUUUUUUACUUUAUUUUCAGUCUGAUCUAGCCCAUAUUAUCAGUUACUUCUAUCCAGAAAGAUUAGAGUUGAUUUGACCUUGAGCCAGAUGGGAUUUGAAAGAAGAGAGAUGAUAGAUCUCUUAAGUCAAAAGGAGAACCCUCUUUUUAAAAAAAAAAAAAAAGAAAAGAAAAGCAAUGAAAAUAGAAAUAGCCAAACAUAGUUGAGAGAGUGUUAGGCAAAAUCAAGAGAAUUGAGUUCUAGUCUUAACAUGGUUUUCCAUUGACUAACUCUACUUCUUGGCCUUAUACCCUUCAAUUUAGAAAUGAGAGGUCUGUGGUUUUAAAAUUGUCCAGAGAACAACUCCUAUAGAAAUUUCCUGGAGCCAUACAAGCCAAUCCUCAGCAGUAUUUUACAAACGCAGCUAUUUUAUGCAUUCUACUUGAAAAAUGGGAUUUCUGUUAAGAAAAAUUAAGUUCAUGUCUUAAAGUAGAUGUCUUCUAGCACUAAAAUUGUGUUAUUCAUUGUGCAUUUAUUUGAUUAUUACAGUUUAUAAUAAUAAAAAAAAAUAAAGCACAAUCUAUGUUUCUCUCUGCCAUAUGCACUCUUUAUUUAUGAACAAAAGUCAUGCUCCAAAUCACUCAUUUCUUUUUUUUCCACCCCUCCCUUGAUUACCUUGGUUGAAAAACAUAAAAGCAAAUUGGAUGUCCCUUUAGCUCUUACCUAUGAAAUAGCUGCAUUACAUGUUCCUUUUUAAUUCCUUGAGAAUGUGGAUGAAACCUCAGGAUAAAAGCCCUGCACUGCUUCAUUGGACCCGUGUCUAAUCCUGCACUGCAAAUGCCAGAGUUGUGAUUUCUAUACCUUGAAGUAGAGGCAGGGAAAAAGGAUGUCUAGCACCCUCUGCCCUUCCCCUCGGGGGGGCUGUUCAUCGUCUUCUCAACCAUUUCCCAUCUACAUAUAACAUAUUCUAAGUAUACUCUCUGUUGCUUUUUAUUUUUAAUACAGUUUCCUUGUAUCAGAAACUCACUCCUACUUGCCUGUCAAUGAGAUAACAGCAACAACAACAACCAUGGAUGGGGAUUAAGUCACUAAGGAUGCAGCUCAUUCUGGAACCAUCCCCGUAUCAGCUAGACCAUGCUCAGAUCCUGGCUAGUGUGAGGCAAGAAUAUCAAAGAACAACUUGCAGCAAAAAAUUUUAUUACCGUACCUAUAAGCUGAAGUCUUGAGGGAGCUGCAGGAAGGGGAAAGAGGAGAGUCACUCAAGAAGGCAUUUAUGGAGACCUUCAAAGAAGGCAUGACUUCCAGAGAAGAGAGUGCGAAGGAGACCAACAGAGUGCUACGAAUAAGUCAGUUGGAUGCACUUGAACUAAACAAGGCCCUGGAGCAGCUGGUAUGGUCCCAGUUUACUCAGUGCUUUCAUGGAUUUAAGCCAGGGCUGUUAGCCCACUUUGAACCAGAGGUGAAAGCAUUCUUGUGGCUUUUCUUGUGGAGAUUCACCAUCUACUCGAAAAAUGCCACUGUGGGACAGUCAGUUUUGAAUAUUCAGUACAAAAGUGAUAUUUCUCCGAACCUGAGGUAUCAGCCACCUAGUAAAAACCAAAAACUUGGUUAUGCUGUCUGCACAAUUGGUGGGAAAUGGUUAGAAGAACGAUGUUAUGAUUUAUUUCGAAACCAACAUUUAGCAUCUUUUGGGAAAUUCAAGCAGUGUGUGAAUUUUGUGAUUGGACUUUUGAAAUUAGGUGAAUUGAUUAAUUUCUUGAUUUUCCUUCAAAGGGGCAAGUUUGCAACUUUGACAGAACGUCUCCUGGGCAUUCAUUCAGUAUUUUGCAAACCCCAAGGCAUACGUGAAGUUGGCUUUGAGUAUAUGAAUAGGGAACUUCUCUGGCAUGGUUUUGCUGAGUUUCUGAUCUUUCUCUUGCCACUUAUCAAUAUCCAGAAGUUGAAAGCCAAGUUAUCUUCAUGGUGUAUCCCUAUUACUGGUCGUCCUAAUAGUGACAACACAUUAGCCAUCAGUGGCAAAGAAUGUUCUCUGUGCGGAGAAUGGCCAACCAUGCCUCACACUAUCGGAUGUGAACAUAUUUUCUGUUAUUAUUGUGUUAAGAGUAGUUUUUUAUUUGACAUGUACUUUACCUGUCCCAAGUGUGGCACAGAAGUGCACAGUGUGCAGCCACUGAAGUCAGGAAUUGAGAUGUCAGAAGUGAAUGCCCUUUAGGCACUAAAAUUAUUUCCUCUACAGAAAACGGUAUUAUGUUUAAAUCCUUAAUAUUAGUCAUCCCAAGGAUAUCAUUUAGUACAAAAGUGUUGGGUUCUCAGCCACUAUCUUCUGUUCUUCCUAAGCGUGACUAAAUUCUAAUCCCUGGAAACCACAUGAUUCUCAAUGUAUUAUGAAAACAGUAAAUUUUUUUAAAUCACUGCAUCCAGUUUUUCAUGUCAAGAAUAAUGGACAGCUUUUGUCAGGUGACUUCUAAGAAUGUGUCUUCAUUUUGUUACUUCCUGGAAGGAGGUUAAGCUGUAAAAAUAAAGGAUUUGGGAAAUUCUAGGAUGAAUGUGCAUUUCUUUUCAGAGGUGGUUUAAACCAUCAUAAUCUGGCAGUGAUAAGACACUGUUGUUUUAAAUCUUAAGAUCUGUUACCCCAUUUGUAAUCUUAAACCUUUCUCUGUAGCCAGCUUUCAAGGCAUUCGGUUAACUUCAUUCUCAGGCAGAAUGAUAGGCACCAGACGUUCAAGACUCAAGUUUUGCUAGCUUUCUGAUCCCACCAUAAUGAGACCAUCUUGCCUAAUAUUUCCAGCAGUAUCCAAUAGCUCACUGUCGUUGGUCUGCCUGGCAUUACAUAUACAUUCCUGAACCAGUAAUCACAUAUGCCUCAGUAACCUAAAAUGGGAGAGGAGGCUGUUCUCCACAAGAAACUGAGGGGCUGUCAUAAAAAUGCUAGAUUCUGUCCUCCCUGGUGGCGCAGGGGUUAAAGUCAGCGCUAUCAAGCUGUAUCCAGCCGGUGCAGCAGGACUUGGAUCCCUGGCCAGGGAGCUGACCCACGUGGUCAGCAGACCUCGCCUGUCUUGCCCGCUGCUCCCCUCAGCAGUGUAUUUAAGUAGAUCCACCUGUUCUGCUUCCCACUCUUGUCUUGGUGAAUCCUCUCAUACCCAUACCUCUGGCCUAUAUUACCUAGUUCUUGUAUGCAUAAAUAAAUAAAUCUUAAAAAAAAAAAAAAAAGAAUGGUAGAUUCUGAGCAGUUAAUGAUAACAGGGCCUUACUAGAGUCUACAUUUGCCUUUUUUAUACUAAAAGCUCACAAGCCAUCUUUAAUUCUAUCAAUGAUCUAUUUUGAUUAGGACUUAAGUAACUGAUUAUCUUAGAUUGUAGACUUAAAAGGAUAAAGUCAACAUGAUUUUGUUCUACCAACAAUUUUGUUAUACUGUUAUAUUUACAUCAGGCUAAAUUCAAAUUAGAUGCCCAUAUUUUCAUAAUUUUAACAUGAAGACACAAUAUAUUGCAUAUAUGCUAAUAGAGUGAUCAAUGUAUUUUUGCCCCACAGACCCUCAUAAUGGCACUUAGCUUAAUAUGUAUUUUUAAUUUUUUUUUUCAUUUUUAUUUAACAUCUUUCACCCAUUCCCCUCUCCCUGCAAUAAGUGCUAACCCUCUUGAGAUCAGGGAGUGUCACUCUUGCUCAUCACUGGAUAACUAGAGCCUCUCUCUUGUUCCCAGCAUACCAAUAGGAACAUUUGUUAACUGAAUAACUAUUCCUAUUUCACAGAUUGGGUUUUACAGAAAUAGUUUGCAGUACAUGAUACUCAUAAAAGGAAAUGGAAAAAAAAGGGGGGGGGACCUCCCUGGUGGCACAGGGGGUUAAGUCGCAGUCAUGUGGAACUAUCUGCAGCCACUGUAGCAUGGCAGGAGUUCAAACCCUGGGUGGCCAGGGAACUACCCACGUGGCACAGCAGACCUCGCCUGUCUAGCCCGCUGCUCCCCUCAGCAGUGUAUUUCAGUUGAUCCACCUGUUGUGUUCCCCACUCUGUCUCUGGUGAAUCCUCUCACCUCCUCUGGCCUGUACCCCAGUUCUUGUAUGCACAAAUAAAAUUUUUUAAAAAAGUUUCAGGCAGAGAAAUAGAAGUGUAAUGUGGACCUGACAGCCUCAGCCAAUCAGGAGAGAAACUAGUAUUGUCUGACAGAAUGGCCUAGACUGGGCCUAGAUAGCCUUUUUACCUACACCUCUGUCACUGGAAGUGGACUGUUCUGGGAAGGCCGUGACCUCGAGAACAGCAUUCUGAGCAGAGGCUGACCUGAAGGAGCUGACAGCUGGGGGCAGUCUGCUGACCCCAUUCCCCACAGCUGAGCAUGGAGUUCCUUCCUGAAGGAGGAACUGUGUGACUAUCCUGAUGUACCACAUCUAAAACUGCCUUCGUUGUUUUUUCUUGCUUGUAAACAUUCUUAAUCAACAACACAUAUAAUGGCAGAUAGUGUUCAGCUUAAAAUCUGGUCUGUGACUCAUUUGUACACUCAAGAGCUGCUUUGAGGAGCUCUGCCUCCCUGCAGAGAGUUGCUUUGCCUCCCUAAGAGAGACUUGCUGUCACAGUUCUAGACUACCUUCAGUCGCUGCUUCCCUGCAUAUUGUCCAGAGAUUUGCUUUAACACUGGUACUGAUAGUCCCACUCCCCGGUGGUCUCAGGUUCAGGAUAACUGGAUCGUGAUUUUUUGUUAGUUUUAUU